UGCCGCAGCGCCGGGCUUGUAAACAGAUCCGGCCGCACGUGACCAUGUGAACUACCUGUUCCAGGGACGCGUAUUGUCUGUGUUUGCCGCGACCCGGUCCACAAAGGAGCGCGGCGGGUCCGAGUGCGGAGCGACGGGCGAGCGAGCGAGGAGAGCCGGCUGGGACGCUAAGAUGGCUGAAGGCGCCCGGCGCGGGUGAGCGGGGGGCGCGGCGCAGCCAGCCGGUGAAUCCUCGGGCGGACAGGACCAGCGUCGCCUCCCCCGCGGCCUGGCGCCGGAGCCACCAUGUCGUUCGCGCUGGAGGAGACGCUCGAGUCGGACUGGGUGGCUGUGCGGCCCCAUGUGUUCGACGAGCGCGAGAAGCACAAGUUCGUCUUUAUUGUGGCCUGGAACGAGAUUGAGGGCAAGUUUGCCACCGCUUCUGCGGCUCUGGGGAGGAGUCCCGGGCUCCGGAGGAGCUCGGCCUGGGCGGAGGGCGGCUCUCCGCGGAGCACGCGCAACCUUCGGGGGGACUCGCUGCUGCGGAGUUCAGCGGGCAAAGGCGCGGAAAGCCCUCUCAGGAGCCCAGUGCGGGCCAAGUCCACCCCGGUCCGGAAGAGAUCUGAAGGCAGAGAUGUGGCGGGGGCCGCCGCUGCGGCAGCCCCUCCGGCGCCCAGGGAGGUCCCGGUGUCCUCGGUGAGGGUAGUGAGCGCCUGCGGGGCGGUCUCCGAGGAGAUCGAGGUGCUGGAAAUGGUGCGGGAGGACGAAGCGGCCCCGGCAUCCCUGGUGCUCUUGGACCCCGAGCAACAGCCACCCACCACUGAUCUGGAGUCCGCGGCCGAGGAGUGCAGCUGGGCCGGGCUCUUCUCCUUCCAGGAUCUGCGCGCGGUGCACCAGCAGCUGUGCUCGGUGAACUCGCAGCUGGAGCCGUGCCUGCCCGUCUUCCCCGAGGAGCCGUCGGGUAUGUGGACCGUGCUGUUCGGGGGCGCCCCGGAGAUGACCGAGCAGGAGAUCGACACACUGUGUUACCAGCUCCAGGUCUACCUGGGCCACGGCCUGGACACCUGCGGUUGGAAAAUCCUCUCCCAGGUACUCUUCACUGAGACCGACGACCCCGAGGAGUAUUACGAAAGCCUUAGCGAGCUGCGGCAGAAGGGCUACGAAGAAGUGCUUCAGCGGGCCAGGAAGCGCAUCCAGGAGCUCUUGGAUAAGCACAAGAAUACAGAGAGCAUGGUGGAGCUCCUGGACUUGUAUCAGAUGGAAGACGAAGCCUACAGCAGCCUUGCAGAAGCCACAACUGAGCUCUAUCAGUACUUACUGCAGCCGUUUCGAGACAUGAGAGAACUUGCCAUGCUACGGAGACAGCAGAUCAAGAUUUCCAUGGAGAAUGAUUAUCUGGGUCCCCGAAGAAUCGAAAGUCUACAAAAAGAAGAUGCUGAUUGGCAGCGGAAAGCUCACAUGGCUGUGCUCUCUAUUCAGGAUCUUACUGUCAAAUAUUUUGAAAUAACAGCUAAAGCUCAAAAAGCUGUGUACGAUCGAAUGAGAGCUGAUCAGAAGAAAUUUGGUAAAGCAUCUUGGGCAGCAGCUGCUGAACGGAUGGAAAAACUCCAGUAUGCAGUUUCUAAGGAGACUCUGCAGAUGAUGAGAGCUAAAGAGAUCUGUUUGGAACAGAGGAAACAUGCACUAAAAGAAGAGAUGCAGAGUUUGCAGGGUGGUUCAGAAGCCAUAGCCCGAUUGGAUCAGUUAGAAGCUGAUUAUUAUGACCUGCAACUUCAGUUGUAUGAAGUACAAUUUGAAAUCUUGAAGUGUGAAGAGUUGCUAUUGACAGCACAGCUAGAAAGCAUCAAAAGACUGAUAUCGGAAAAGAGAGAUGAAGUGGUGUACUAUGACACUUAUGAAAGCAUGGAGGCCAUGCUGGAGAAGGAAGAGAUGGCAGCCUCGGUGCAUUUACAGAGAGAAGAGCUGCAGAAACUCCAGCAGAAAGCACGCCAGCUGGAAGCAAGACGUGGACGGGUUUCAGCCAAGAAAGCCUACCUCAGAAAUAAAAAGGAAAUUUGUAUUGCAAAACACAAUGAAAAAUUCCAACAGCGCCUUCAGAGUGAAGAGGACUUUAGAACCCAUCACACAGUCCAACUAAAGAGAGAAAAAUUACACGAUGAAGAAGAAAGAAAAAGUGCUUGGGUUAGCCAAGAAAGACAGCGAACGCUGGAUAGACUUCGAACUUUUAAACAGAGGUACCCUGGCCAAGUUAUACUUAAAUCAACCAGAUUGCGACUGGCUCAUGCAAGGAGGAGGAGUGCCACCAGUCCUGUGCCCUGUGAGGAUCAGUGUGACUCUGUACCAGGAGCACUGCAGGUAGAGAAACGUGAAGAGGUGCAGGAAGGAAGUGGCAAGCUUGGGUCAUCACAGAUGGCAGAAGCCCAGAGCUUCGCACAACUUGAAGAUACUUCAUCAGUACAACUUGAAGCCACUUCAUUACCUCUUGGUGUUACCUCGGAACUGCCUCCCACUGUUUCUCUUUCACUUUUGAAUAAUGUUGACCUUGAACCAGGUUCUGUUACCACCGAUCCGCCGCCCCCACCACCUCUGCCUGUUGCUAAGGACAACAUCCCAGAGACACUGGAGAAGGGUCUGCCUAGAGUGGAGGGCAAUGAGAAGAGGAUCCCUAAGUCUGCGAGCGCCCCUUCAGCACAACUCUUUGAUAGUAGCCAGCUGGUCAGUGCCAGGAAGAAGCUCAAAAAGACUGCUGAAGGUUUGCAGAGAAGGAGAGUGAGCUCACCCAUGGAUGAGGUGCUAGCUUCCUUGAAACGGGGUAGUUUUCAUCUGAAAAAGGUGGAACAGCGAACUCUGCCCCCUUUUCCUGAUGAAGAUGAUAGUAAUAAUAUCUUGGCACAAAUAAGGAAGGGGGUAAAAUUGAAGAAGGUACAGAAGGAAGUUUUGAGAGAAUCCUUCACGCUUCUGCCUGACACAGACCCUCUCACACGGAGCAUCCAUGAAGCUCUUAGGAGAAUCAAAGAAGCAUCCCCCGAGUCAGAGGACGAAGAGGAGGCUUUACCUGGCACGGAAUGGGAAAACUAACAAGUGACUCAACAGAAAGGAAAAAAUUCCUGCAGUUGCAGAUCGAUUCAUAUUUUUUUGAAAACAAAUUUUAAGCACUUGGUUCCACAAUUGGAUUCCAUUAGAUCCAAAGUGUAUUGGCUCAGUGAUGUGAGAAAAAGGAAGCACAAUUGGCAAGUUACCACUUUUCCAGUCAUUCCAGUAGAUGGUGGUGAACAUGAAUUUUGGAUGCGCAGUGUUCCUGACUAGAGUGAAGAAAAGGCCUUCAAGGAGAUCCCUGGUUUUUUACCACCUUCCCCUCCUGCCCACCCACUUACAUACUUGUAGUGGCCAGUAAAGCUGGGGGUCGCUAUGAGUUGGAAGAGCACUGGGUUGACAGAGGUCUGCUGUGAGCUGUAUUGGGACUGCUUUGAAAUCCAUUUUUCAGUGCACUGAAUAGUCAUCUGCUUGAAAAUUACAGAGCUUCUUCCAAUAUUGGCUUAUAUAAAUAGUGUGACACUCUGGAAAAGAAGGUUAUCACAAUAGCUGUUGGACAGGUGUUGAACGAAAAUCAGAUGGAGAUGCGUCUGGUGGAAAUUUCCAUGUUACUCAUCUCCAGAGGAUUUCUGUAGUGAUAGUCAGCAGCAUCUGGAAAGAUACAUACCUAUGGAGUACAUCUGGUAAUGUGUUUACCACAACAUGAUACAUUUAACAUGGCAUAUUUUUAGAAGACCACACACUCUUACACUUUGUAAGUUUCUGAAGUAAAAAUUCCAUGCUUUUAAAAAAAUGGCUCUUCAUAAUUGUGAAUUUAUAAUAGUUUGAAUUUUAUGUGCAGCUUUGUUUAUGAGAAGCAAUACUUUGUAAUUUGAUAAUAUUUCAAAUUAUUUUUGGCCUUUUUGUUUCAACUAUUGCUUGAUUACUAUAACAUGACUUUCCUAUUGAGAAUCAGAAAUCAGGAUUCUAUAAUAGGGAUGCAGAUGUAAGUCUUUUUAUCAUGUACCAUUUUUUAUUUUUAUGCUCCACAGUGAAAAAAGUGUGCUCUACAAAUAUGCAGAAGAAAGUAGUUAGAAAAGCCUCCUGAGCUGGCAUUUCACUAUCUUCACAUGCUUUGAGUGGAGUUUUGGGAGAGAAUCUUUGUUAUUGUCACUAAAUUAAACAUGUAUAUAGCUCUAGGUGCCCAUUUUGCUGUAACGGAGUCCUGAAGGAUGCAUUCGUAUGAAUGGAGCUAGUGUGUAUGCUCGGCUAGACUGCUGUGGGCUUGAAUGGAGGCAGAUAUGUUGGACUCCGUUUAUAGUACUCUGUAGAGUGUAAUUCUGCAUAAGACAGAUCUUGGCCUUUAUAUGAAGGAAGUCAAGACUAAAGUACCAAGAACUUUUAUUUCUAGACUCAGAAAGCAGUCCCAGUGUAAAAGCCCUCUAAUGAAUUGGUAUCCUGGAGAAAAAAGAAAUGCUUGCACCUUUGUCACUUUAAAGUGUUAUUUCCUUGAAAAAAAUUACGGAGAAAAUUUUCUGACAACAGGUCAUAUAAAACAAAAUCUUUCUGCUUAAAUGUUGGUGAUAACGUUUGAUAAAAGUCAGAGCUUUUGCGUGGCAUGUUCACAAUACAUUGGCUUAUUCUAGCACUAUUCUCACAUCUAGUCUGGAAAGAGGAGAAAUGCAGGUCUAAUAGAUAAACUAGUCUUCAUCCCAUGGUGGGGAGGGAGGGAGGUUUUUUCUUGUCUACCAUCAGUAAAGCGUUGAAGCAUGCUUUCUAACCCAAAGAAUGAUAGGUUUGAUUGUUAAUGUAUUUGAAAAAAAUUUUAGUAAAUCUGCAAACCUUAAAAAAAAUCAUGUUUCAACUUUACGCCUUUGGAUGCUUACUCCAUUUUGUUUUCAUUUUCAUUCAUUGACAUUUAGAAACACAGGAGGAUGCAGUGUUAAAUUAACAGCAAAAGCACCGGAGCUCGCGUGUCUAGAGGGAAUUGCUACCCAUUUGGUGUUACAGCUGAGACUCCUUUAAAAGACAGGCAGGCUCACUUACAAAAGGGUCCUGUGACCUAAUUCAUGAAGGUUAUCUCACACUUGAAGAUGAGUAGGUUAGAGCAGACAGCUGUGCUCAUUCUGUGGUAAAUAACUUUCUCCACCACAUUCACUUCCCUUCGAGACUCGGGUUCCAACUUCCACAAAAUUGCAUGUUACUGCAAGUCGUCUACCUUUUAGAGUUCUCACAAAUAAUAAUAAAAUUUAAACUAUGGUCGACUUGUCUAUCAAGAUAUGACCAGAUAAACCCUCAUUUUAAUUUAAAACAGUUUUAGAACCCAAGAGGAAUUAUGUAGGCAAAGUUAAAUUCUUUUUUUUUUUUUCUUGCCCCAAUAAGAUGAGCAUCUUUGGCCUUAGUAUUACUUUUAUAUAUAUUUAGUUAGGAUGGUACCUUAUAGAUGAUCACAUUUCCAGUUACAAACUUGCCUGUACUGGUUCUAAAUAUUUGACAGCUAUAUUUCUGUUAAUGUAUUAUUUCCAUAUUAAGAAUCCACAAACAGCUGCUUGCUUAUGCUAAAUUAAUUCAGAAGUUAAUUUACCAAUCUAGUCUCAACUGCAUUAUAUGUAAAAUAGGGAAAUAAGUAGGUGGUGACUCGGGGGAUGUUUUGAGGUUAAUAUUACUUACUGCUCAUUUGAAUGUCAAUGUUAAAUAUUUCUCCUACAAAUGCAACUAAAAUUAUGUGCAUAUAACCAAUGUGGCAUGUAUAGAAAAGGAAUUUCUAGUGUUUUAAAAUCCUAAUGGUACUAUAGUGUAGCCAUAUAAGGAAAUGCCUGGCUAAUGAGGAUUUUAAAAGGUGAGCAAUUGUCUUGCAUACUUGAUGUAUAUUUUAUAGGCUUCUUGAGUUUGUGAGCAGCAUAAAAGCAAUCAUUCUUUAAUUCUUCAUUGUGGAACUGAAACAUUUCUAUAAAAUGCAUUUUUCAAAUAGAGUCUUAGAUAUGGCUACGACACUUGAUCAGGUGUAGUAUUUCCACAGUGGGACUGUGGGGCUUUUCUUAUAUGAAACCAUAGAAAAAUUUCAGCACUUUUUUGUAUGAUGAAAGGACAAAAAUCCUUGUUUCUACAAAGCUGAACUACGUAGCAAUAUUUGGUAACAUGUGGUGUGACCACUUUCUUAAACCAUACUUUGGCCAUAGCAGACACCAAGAAUUAAAACUCUUACAUCAGUGGAACAACAAUGAAUGGGGAGCAUCCUCUCUGUUUGGAAUGGGACCAGUAUACAAUUAAUACAAUUUAAUUUUAUACAUUCCCUGAGACUCCCUUUUUUUAAAUUACAUUCACUGAGUGUGUAUAUAUAUUUAAGUCAAUGCUUUUAGCCUAAGAAGAGUUUUUUCUUUCACUAAAUAUAAGGUUGUGGUGGGUUUUUUUUAAUCUUUAUAAUUUCAUUAUUACACACUUAACAUCAGAUACCAACCUGUAAAGUACUAAUGGGUCCUUAAAGGCCUUAUCAGGGAGUUGAAAUUUCAUAUACUUUACCAGGUUAUUUGUAAAAAAGUAUUUUCCAACAGCUGUAAAACAUUUCAGAACUGUGGCAGACUCAUUGUUAACAUGCAACCAUUUGAGAGUGAAAGCAGAAACCUUAAGUUUUGCCUAAUUCUUGCACUGAAUUUAAAUAAUAUAAAGUUAAAUGUGCAUUUUAAACAGAUUUUAUUCCCCAUUUACUGCUUAGCAUAGAAGAACUAUGCUUAGUGUUAGAGGAUUGACCAGCAAAACUUAUUUCAGAUGGAAGAGAGGUAAGAAGGUAGAAGCACCUUACUGCUGGAGCAUGUUGCAUUUAUUUAGUGCUACUGAACAAUUCAGUAGUUAUUUCUGAACUUUGCUGCAGAGUGCUCUUUAGUUAAAGCACAUUAAAAAAAUCUCUGUUAAUUGCUUUGUAAAGUGAAGCAAUGGUAUUUUUUAUCCUAUAAAUAUAGGCUAAUUUAAAAGUUUUUCCUACAAAAUGAGUUUAUAUUGCUGCCUAAACUAUCAUGUAUGUAAACAGAGGUUUUUUAAAGGUGAGAGGGAGUCUGGAGAGAGAGAGAGAGAGAGAGAGAGUGUGUGUGUGUGUUUUAAAUGUUUGCCCACUGAAUUAUUUCGAAGAUGCAUUCAUUCUGAAAUCUUCUCUUUUGCCCACAGUAAAUGUACAGCCUGGCAUUUGAAGAAUUUAAUUUCAUUCCAAAUUUAUAAAUGUUUCUCCCCUUCUCCAUGCAUUUAUGAUGACACUGUAAGGUGCACGUACAGAAAAUACCUCUGAGAUUGAUAUAUUAAAUAUUUUAUCAAUGUUAUUUCACACUGAAUCUCAAAGCAAGCAAUUGUUUUGAGGGUUAGGAGAAAGUUUUUGUGUUUUUUUAAGUCAGGUGUAACUUAGAGUAGCUCAUUUUGGGGAGUUAAGGAAGGACCAUGGAAAGUGAUAUUUAGACAUGUACAAAAGGUAUAGGUGUUGGUUAUAGAGCUCGGUUUUAACAAGGGAAGUUUUGGGUGGUGUUUUUUUUAACUUGCAUGUUCUAUGGUUAACUAACAAAGAAUAUAACAAGUAUAACUUUUCCCAAUACUAAUUAUAUUGGUUUUAAGAAGUCUCCAUAAUCACGAGAUGGCAUUUUCCCUUCAUCUGUGAACCAAAAGGAGUAGACAGAACCACCCAUACAGUGACUUCUGACUUCUUCAACUUGGACAGAAUCCCCACUCUCAUUGAAUUUCUCACUGUGCUGUAUGUAUUGCCAAGGUUGAAACCGUAAUAUAUAGUUUAUGAGAAACUGAAGGCCACAGAUCAUUUUGCAUGAGUAAAGCCCAUUAGGGCUAAUGAAACUGACAUGUUUUUUAGCCUUUCCAGUCAAAUGACAAUUUCAAUGGCAAACCGAUUCACCAUUUAGCUAGCUUUGUGCAAUAUAAUGGUAGAAGCAAAACACUAGCACACUGUGCUGGGCUUUAAGGAUGCUGUGCACAGGGUAUUGUGAAUGCCAACUCUUGCAAAUUUACAAUACAAAAUACGCUAAAUUAACAUUCUAAGGUAUUAAAAGUACAAAGGAAAAACUAAGCAAGCAUUUAUAGCAAUACUCUGAAAUCAAUAAUUGUUUUGACUGUUGCCUUUUGCUCUUUAGUGCAACUUUUCUGCAUCGUAAUUGUAUGCUUUGUAUUUCAUGUUUUUUACACUCAUGACUUCAGAGUUAAGUACUUGUACACCAAGUAUUGCAAUCACUUUUCUCUUCUUGUACAUGCAAUGUAACAACAUACAGUUUUGGUGCUUAACAAUUUUCUUUAAUAAAAGAUAUUUAUUGAGUUAAC